CCAAAUUCAAUGCAAGAAGAUCGAGGUGGAACUCGACCCAUUGCUGCACCAAGUUCAUUAUUUUUAUUGGAUCUAUUAUAGCAGAUUUUAUACCCAUACCCAAAACAUACUUCGCUAGAUCAAAUAAUAUUUUGAAUAGAUUCUUUAUAAAGUGGGCUUGGGGUUGGUUAUUAACAACGGCUGGUCCUUGGGUUAUACUUACAGCAUAUACAAUAGGAUGUGGAAGAAGAUCAAUACUUUUAAAACAUUUAACACGUUUGAUAUUUGCAACAUUGGCAUGGAUGUCCUGGAUAAAUGUCUUUCAUUAUUUUGAAACAAAUUAUGGCCGAUGCUUCAAUACAAGAGAUCGUUCUAUACAAUUAAAAUCCAAAUGCAUGGAAGCUGGUAAUUUUUGGAGUAGUCUUGAUAUCUCUGGACAUGCUUUUAUUAUAAUAUAUUCUAGCUUAAUUCUGUCAGAAGAAGGCUAUUCUUUAAUUGGAUGGGAAGGUAUUAAAGAUAUUAUAAUGAAUGAAGAAUAUAAUAGAAGAACAUCUAGUGAAAAUAAUAAAGGAUAUUUGCAAAAUUUAUCAGAUAAGGAUUUGAAUUUUUUAAAAAAAGCACAUAAAGCUUUGACACCUUAUUUAAGAGGGUUGUUUAUUACAAUGACAAUUCAGCAAAUUAUUUGGGAUGUAAUGCUUAUUGCAACAAUUUUAUAUUAUCACACUAUGAUUGAAAAAUUUAUAGGAGGAGUUGCUGCUAUAUUAACAUGGUAUGUAAGCUAUUAUUGGUUAUUUAGAUUAUCGCAAAUAGGAAUGGUUUUACCAGGAGAUGGAAUUUUCAAGUAUAAUAAAUUGAAAGAAAAACAACAAGAUAAUAUUGCUAAACCAAAACGUUAUAUACUUAAGAAAGAGCGAAUGUUUAUGGGAAUGCCAAUUAGAUUUCGAAAAGAAGAAAUUGAAAAAAAUGAUAAUAACUUUAAAGAUAUAGGAAGUAAUUUGUUUUAUAGAAAGAAUUGA